CCACAAACACUUGGAGAUCAAAGCCACAGUUGGUCUUCUUCGUUUCUUAGCUUUCGGUUUUGGACUCUUAUUUCAGAAAUUGUUUAAGCAUCGGCAAUGGCGACUCAGGUAGCCAAAACUGCGGCGUUAUUGGGUAGAACCCAGAAACUAUGCCCGCAUUGCCACCACCUGUUUGCGUUUUUGCCUCAGAGAGACAACUGCUGUCAAGAAUUGUUGUUUGGGUGGUUACAAAUCAGAGCAAUGACCACCAGUAAGCGAGUUCAGGAUCGAAGCAAGAACAAGAGAGUGCGUGAUCUUGAGAUUGCUACAGAGAAAUGGAAAAUAGUCUCCAAGGUGUUGUUUUUGAUGGAGGUUUUAAGGAAAGAACCCGAGAUGGUGAUCUGCGUCAGGUCAUUGGAGCAGUACAGGAAGCAAAUUAAUCUUCCAAAACCACAUAGGGUCAGUGAUUUUAUCAGAAAAUCGCCCAAGUUGUUUGAGUUGUAUGAGGAUCAAAGAGGGCUGUUGUGGUGUGGAAUGACCAAGGAAGCUGAGGAUUUGUUGGAAGAAGAGGAAAGGUUAAUCGAGGAGCGCUCGAGCAAAGCCGCAGAAUAUGUUACUAGGCUCUUGAUGAUGUCUGUCGAUAAAUGUCUUCCGCUGGAUAAGAUUGUGCAUUUUAGGAGGGACUUUGGGUUGCCUGUUGAUUUCAGGACGAAGUGGGUGCAUCAAUAUCCUCAAUACUUUAGGGUGGUGAAAUCUGGUGAUGGGGUUGAGUGUUUAGAGCUUGUAUCCUGGAAUCCAGCUUGGGCUAUUACAGAGUUAGAGAAGAAAGCUUUAGGCUUAACUGAUGGGAGUGACCAUACCCCAGGAUUGCUUUCACUGCCUUUUCCCUUGAAGUUCCCUCCUAACUACAAGAAGGUUUAUAGAUAUAGAGGCAAGAUUGAACAUUUUCAGAAGAGGUCUUAUUUGUCUCCAUAUGCCGAUGCAAGGGAACUUAAAGCUGGAUCUCUGGAAUUUGAUAAGAGAGCAGUUGCUGUUAUGCAUGAGCUACUUAGCUUUACCAUUGAGAAGAGAUUGGUUACUGAUCACCUCACUCAUUUUCGACGUGAACUAGUGAUGCCACAGAAGCUAAUGAGACUUCUUCUAAAGCAUUUUGGUAUCUUUUAUGUUUCUGAAAGGGGAAAGAGAUUCAGUGUCUUCUUGACUGAAACUUAUCAGGGAUCAGAGCUGAUAGAAAAGUGCCCUUUGAUUCUUUGGAAGGAAAAGAUCCAGAGCCUCACUGAUUACAGGGGGAAAAAGAAGCCACUUCCAACUUUUAGUGACUUAUCAGACAUGGAGGAUAAGAGUUUCUUUCAGAGUGAAUCUGAGGAUGAAAAUAUAUCUUCUCAAUUUGAGGAAGAGGAGAUCAUGGGUGGUCUAGAGAAUGCCUCAAGUGCAACAGACAAUGAAAUCCAGAUUGCUGAGAUUUGCAGUGCGUACAGAGAAAAGGAAAAUGGUACAUCUUGAAGUUAUUAGCUUCCACUUGCAAUUAACUUCUCUAGUUAUGGCUCAUUUUGAAAACAUCAUCCAUUUUGUUCAUUUCUUUUCAAUAAAAAGGAAUUUAUGCU